AACCAGCAGACCAGCAGUGCCGGCAUGAUCCAACUAAUUGGCAAACUAACCUUGUGGGAAAGUCCCUGCGCAGGUGAAAGCCAGGAAGGGGACGUGGAUCUGAAAUAAAAGAUUCAAGUAGUGUGCUUAAAUCACAGCAAUAAGCAUGACUUCAUUCUUUACAAAUCUGCCCGCCUACGCCUUAGUGUAACAGGACCGCUCAUCCACAUAGCAGUAAGCGAGGGCGCGGACUGAGGGGCCAGGGAGAAUCGGUGGGAAGAAAACAUGGUGAAAAGUACAGAAACAUUCACAAGAGCAGCGCUCUCAAAACAAACUGUUGAGCAGAAAGCGCCAAUGACAACAGUUCCUGGUAAACGAUAAAUGGCUAUAUUGCCUGGAACUUUUUCUGUCCCAUUCUGCAGUUCCACCUGCACUUUCCUUUUCUCUGGACUUGCACUACUGACCUCAUUUACGCAAAGUACCCUUUGAGCGACCAGAAAAGGGGGAGGGGAAGAAAACAAAACGGGCUUUGUUAUGAAAAUGUGAUGAUGCAUCGGCAAGGACUGGCGGGGGUGAGAGGCAGCGUUAUCUUUUGAUGCAGGCGAGUGUGUGACAAUCCCGCUUGUCGCUCAAGCGUACAAAAGUUGUGUUUCUGGGGUUUCUGGUUAAGGGCGCUAUGGUACCAGUGACAGGAGACGACUGCUGCAGGUGUUGUCUGCUUUCCCCAGGGGAAUUUGAGAUAACCUUACCGUGUGAACAGACUCGCUUUUGAACUCUUCUGCGCUAUGAAGCCUUGGCUCUGUAUUGCUGUCAAUACGGUACCCUUUUCUCGCCAAAAAUGCCAGUCUGCUGUGAAAAUGUCCUACCCAAUUUUAUGCAUUCUUGGGACUAUGUUUUACUCAGUAGUUGCUGGAAAUGGUCCCAACAGAUGUACUGUGCCAACAGCAACACAUUGCUCUGCAUGUCUUAUUCUCGGCCCAGAGUGUGCCUGGUGUUUUCAGAAGGAUUUCAUUACUGCAACUGUUGGAUCAGCAAGUACAAGGUGUGACACAACUUCGAACCUUUUAGCUAAAGGCUGCAGACAAGAAUUUAUUGAACAUCCAUUAACCCAGAUAACUAAACAUGUUGACAAUGAAGGAAAUACUCAAGUGACACCCAAAACUGUUUCUGUUCUUCUUCGACCAGGAGCUGAAGUAAACUUUAUACUGAAGAUCCGCCAACUGGAGAAUUACCCCCUGGACCUGUACCAUUUAGUGGAUGUAUCAGCCUCAAUGUUUAACAUCAUAGAAGCACUACAUUCUGUUGGCCCUGCACUGUCAAAGAGAAUGAAUGAUGUUACCAGUGAUUUUCGGUUUGGCUUUGGAUCAUUUGUCGACAAAACUGUUUCUCCAUUUAUCAGCAUUCACCCAGAAAGAAUUAAAAACCCCUGCAGCUCCAUUGGAUACCAGUGUAUUCCCCCACAUGGCUAUAUCCACGUUCUCUCCUUGACAAACAAUGUAACUGGUUUCACUGAAGCAGUAAAGCAACAACAAAUUUCUGGCAACAUCGAUAACCCUGAAGGAGGGCUUGAUGCUGUUCUUCAGGCGGCUGUAUGUCAGAAUGACAUAGGCUGGCAUAAAGCAGCUAAGCGUUUACUACUUAUGAUAACAGAUCAGACCUCUCAUCUGGCUCUGGACAGCAAACUAGCGGGAAUAGUAGUGCCCAAUGAUGGAAACUGUCAUUUGGAAAAUAAUGUUUAUACCAAAACUGCUAGCAUGGAAUAUCCAUCUCUGGGACAACUUGCACAGAUAUUAAUUGAAAACAACAUUGUUCUGCUUUUUGCUGUUGGUAAAAAAUCCUUUGACUGGUACAAGGAUUUGCUACCAUUAAUACCUAAUGCCAUUGCAGCUGAAUUGCAGCCUUCUGCAUCCAACCUCAUCAAUCUAGUUGCAGAUGCUUACAAGUAUCUUUUAUCAGAAGUGAAAAUUCAGAUUGAUAAUCCUGUAAGAGACCUUUAUGUUACUGCAACUGCUAUCUGUCCUGAUGGGAAAACAAAUCCUGGCACGGUUGGGUGCUCAAAUGUACGAUCUACAGAUGAAGUAUUAUUUAAUAUAACUAUUGGAAUGAAGACCUGCUUUGUUUCUGAAGGACUACAGAGCAUUAUUAUCAGACCUAUUGGCUUCAAUGAAACCACACAAAUUAAUAUCAACACGUCUUGUGGAUGUCAGUGUUUGGGGCCUACAGAACAUAGCAACUGUUUUGAAGAACUCAGUGACUAUGAAAUGUAUCAUUGCCCAAGUGAUAGAUCUAGUGCAGAUCAACACUUCAUCCUCCUAAACAAAUGCAGACUUAAUAAGGACCAGCUUGUGUGCAGUGGGAGAGGAGUUUGUUCUUGUGGACAGUGCUUAUGCCAUAAAACCAAACUUGGACGGAUAUAUGGCACCUUCUGUGAAAUGGAUGAUUUUUCAUGUCCUUAUCACAGUGGACGUUUAUGUUCAGGUAAUGGGCAAUGCUUUACUGGAGAAUGUAGCUGCUUUACUGGCUGGGAAGGUGAGAGCUGCAACUGCUCUUCAUCUCUCAAGCAUUGUUUGUCGUCUGAAGAUGGUCAGAUUUGUAAUGGAAGAGGAGACUGCAUUUGUGGACAAUGUCAGUGUUCUGACUCAAAGAGUUCAGGGCCUUUGUGUGAAUUUUGUCCAACUUGUAAUAACGUAUGUGGAAAAAGCUGGAACUGUGUGCCGUGUAAUCUACUGAAUGAGUUGUCUACAUCUGGGCAUGCUCAGUGCAAUACCUCAUGUCAUACACUGGAAUAUUACACUAACAAAGUGUCAGAAUGUAUUUCUAACCAAAACCUCUUCCAAACCUUCUGCAUAAUAUGCUUUCUAACAUGCUUAGUUGGAUUACUCACUGUCCUCAUCUUUAGACAACUACUGGUUUUGAGGAGCAGCAGUAAAAUGAGACCUUCACCAGAGUAUGUUUUGUCAGCAGCACAGAAGGAUAAAACUUACUUGCCUUCGGGUGGCACAUAUGUUGUAACCUAUAAGAGGGAAAACACGGAAGAGAUGGACUUUAAUGUGACUAAAGUUCAGAUUCAGUAAAAGCUUUAAAUGCUACUGCAAUCUGAAGCUUCAAAAUUUGUACACACUAAGGAGAACAUCAAAAAAGAAAACUGCUAUUUAUCUUCGGUGGCAUCCGAGUUACAAAAGCAAAAAAAAAAAAGCAUUCCUAUGGUUUAAUCGGGGAAAAGUAUUUCCUUGGGUUGCUUAGAAGACAACAACA